ACUGUCCUCUCCCGGCACACCUCGGUCACUCAGCGAGUAGACUCUCACAAGAUUACUAAAAACUCUUCGACAGCCCACGACCGGUUUCGCCCUUCUUGGGGCUCAUCAGUUAGACACAGUCCCAGAAUUUCCGUCAACCCCAUGUUCCACUUCAACCCAAAAUGCACUGGCCUCAAUACAGUGAUAAGACUCGAUGGCCGGGCUACCGAGCGUUGCAAUAUAUCACACAUUUUGGCUCAACAACUUACAAGACGCCGCACCGGCAUAUGCUGUCUGAGCCCACGACCGGUUUCGCCCUUCUUGGGUCUCAUCAGUUUGACAGUCCCUGAGUUUCCGUCAACCCCAUGUUCCACUUCAACCCAAAAUGCACUGUUUUCGAGAAAUACACUCAUUUGCAAAUCCAUUUGGUUUUCACGAGAGACUCAACUGAAUCUCUCGUUUAUGAUAUUCAGCAACCUU